AUGCAUACCAAUAGCGAUAACAACAGCACCCUGAGCAAAGAUGAAUGGCUGCUCGCACUGCAGGUGUUCCUCAACGCCCGCCUGCGCACACCCCCACAGCACAGCAGCACACGUAGUCGCACACACACCGCCGUGCCGCUGCCGCUGCCAAACACACAACAUCUCAUUGAUGGUGUGAUGUGGAGUCUGCGGGAUAACAGGCAGUGGACCGCAGACGCGUGGCUUACCGUGCAGAGUCAUCUGCAGAGCUGUGCACAGCGAUAUGCGCAACUCGCGGAACGUCUCUCCCGACAACAUACACGCGAUCCUCCCGCUACUACUGCCGCCGCUGAAGGAUCCACGGCGGGCGUAGCGGCUGAAAUGAUGGAGUCUGAGCGGCUGUACGCCUGCCAUGCGUGCGUGCAGGACAUUUACAUUUCCUUCUGCGUGGUGGAUGCGUUUCUGCGGCACACCGGCGGGGCGGCGCGGGAGGCAGCGGAGGUCGAACUCCCACGACUCGUCGCCGCGUACUUCCCGAUUUGGGAAUCCCCAUCUCAACAACCCCCAGCACUGCAGGAUGCGGUGGAGGAGUACCGACUGCGGCUGCUGGAUCUCUUGCGCUCGUGGAGUGUGACUCGGCUUCUACGUGCAGAUACACACAGGCGUAUUGAGGAACAUCUGCGACACAAGUUGAAGUCUAUUCGCGAGAGUCUUGAGAAGAAUGAGGAAGAUGGCAGUAAUGAUAAAAGAGAGGAACAAAAUAGACGUUCCAUCACAGCUGGACUUCGAGUUCUUUUGGCGAGUGCUGAUGCAUCUAAGCCGUCAUUUACUAGAUCAUUUAAAUCAUCUUCUUCAUCAGCCGUAUUGGCUUCUUCCAAUGUUGAUAUUGUACGCACAACAAUUUCAAGUUUCCUAUCCGCUAUAUUUCCUUCUCACCGAUCAGAAGCUGGUAAACAUCGUUGUGGUCACUGUGGAGCGAUAUUUAAAAGUAUUGCUGCAAAGAAUACGCAUUACCGAUAUCAUUUCUAUAACCGUAGCUAUCAAACAGAGGAGAAAAUUGUGAGACUCCUAUAUCCUAGUGUUAAUGAUUAUAUUGAACAUCAGGUGGACUAUAGAGAGACAGGAAAUUUUGUUCGAACAUCAGAAAACAUGCUGGAUGUAUUUCGUAUUCCUGAAAAAGGUACUGUUCGUGUACGGAAAGAGAAGCAACAGCAACAGAAAGAAGAAGAUAAAGUAAGAAAAAAGACAAAACUUUCAUAG